CCGAGGACCACACCAGAGACCUCCGUCCCUACCACAGCUCACCGUACCCCAUGGCAGCUCCUCCCUUCAUCUCGCAGGAACCAUAUCACAGGGGCUGCAAGGCGAAGAAGAUUCUUCUGGAAUCCCAGUACCCUUCUCGUUCCCUCGCGACCAUGACGUAUUAUGCCAAGUUCCUAAGUUGACCCAGGGACCUCCAGGCCGCUCCUUCGUCCUUAGAGACUACAUGUUCUUACCUUGAUGGAGCCCACCACUAGACCUCACAGCGCUGCAGGCAAUGGUCAGGGUUCCUCUGAAGCCUCGAGAACAACGACUGGAGCAACGAAACGAAAAUUCGACUUGGUGAAAUCUCACCCGAUUCCGCUCGUUGAGAUGUCAUCAAAUGCCACCCUCUGCUUGCCAAAGGCAGGUUCUAACGGCAACCGACCUUAUUGGCACGUCGUUCUCGGUAUACACAAUCGGGGAAAGGCUAAGAUCAUGCUACUAAGCCUUUCGGUUACAGAGAAAGCACGAGGAGCUGGUAGCGGUCCCGCUAACUGUCCGACGCUUGUUUCCUGGAAAGAAGGAGAUUUAAUUCUUGGCGAAGAAGGCGCUUUCGCUGGUUACGCUGUGCGAAUACCGUUCACGGGAGAUUUGACAUCACCUGCCAUUGCCUACGAGUGGAACUACAGGUAAAUUGGAGUAGGAAUGGGAGCGUGGAGAUCCCAAUAUGGCCAAGAUGAGCUCCCAGCUCGUCCGUCUCUAAAAACAUGAGUUGACUUGCAGGUUUGUGGGCGACAACCCCGUCGCUUCUCUGGACGGCGCAUCCAGGCACGAGCCUGUGGGUCGGAAUCAGGACGAGCUUGGAGGAGAGCUCAAACGACAGAGACUCCCUGUGAUUCAGCAUUUGAAUGACAGCAGACACGAGUCAGGGCUGGAGCCUGGUAAUUCUCACUCCGGAGGCAAAGCCAGUUGGUGGUGGCCUUGGACGUGGUCCAAAGGGGAGAGUACCACUACCACUGCAGCAAUGCCACAACAACCACCAGUUCCCUCAGCCCUUCAAACAGAAGAAUGACACCCACAUUUCACAUCGUCUUUUCCUGCCUGGAGGCUAGAUUGGUUGAUGCUAUGUGCUGCGAGCGCACUGUGCAUGCAUAAUAGGUACAUAGGGAACCAUGGAACCAUGGGAGAGAGGGAUGC